AUGCACGUGCCGCUUUUCUCAGGGGUCCUUGAUACCGACCUGGGUGAGUACCUGGACUGGGACAUUGACGCGACCCUCAGUGCGGGAUCAAAAAUCAGGGCUUCGCUGCUUGCGCCCCGACAGCCCACCCCACCCCCUGCUCCUGUAGCUGACACACCAGAAGUGCCAGCCUCCCCCUUGAGUGAUGUGCUCAUAAUUCAGGAGGAUUUGAGCCCCGCAUUGGACCCAAGAAAGUACAUGUUCCCAGCUACCCCAAAGGACAUCGUGCACAACCUGUCAAAAGUAAAAACAAGGACAGAUCUGAGACCGGAACUUCGCUUUCGGAUUGUGGAGUGGUUAUGUUUUGACCUUUUUAGAUACACACUGUACCCAGGCAAGCUCUACGAGAGAGCUGCUCAACAACUGGUCCUUCGCCACAAGGUCCUGGCUGACGCAAUCGGAUCUGGUCAUGAUUCCUGGCACUUUUCCCUCAAGUACAAGUGCAAAUAUGAAAGGGCAAAAAUUGAAAAUGACGGCGAAGUAGCUUCAAAUAAGCAGAAGUUUGGCAAGAAGCCAAGCUCCCAGGAUGCAGCCAAUGACAGCGAGUCUGCCAAACGAGUCUGCCGACAGCCUGAGAAGCUAGGGACUCCAAGCGAGGACGAGCACAGCAUCCAAGGCCACAUCAGGUCUAUGCAGAAGGAAAUGUCUAAGGCCCUUCCCAACAUGGAGAAAGUUCAAGACGGAAUGUCUAGGACCUUCAGUGCACGACGGCAAUGGAUAGCCACGGAACAUCCAUCUGUCGAAGAAAUUCUGUCUCGCUACCCGGCUCUGGAGGGAGCAGAAGAAAUCUUUCGGGAAUUGGAAAGGUUUGGUGGGGACCCACCAGUCCAGACAAUCAUUGCGGUGGCAGAGGAACAAAUCAACACUCUGCUCAACGUGGCAGCGAAAAAGGCGGACAAGACCACUUUUGAGAUGUUGGAGAAGGCAGAGGCAUGCGACACUGAGGAUCAGAAAUUGAUGACCGCCCUGGCCUUCCUGCUCUUGCUGCCACGGACAGUGAGGGAGAGGCCAGAUGCAUUUCUCAAGGACACGGCGCCAACGUUCUCCAAGCACCCGUGUGUUGUUUGCAACGGUGCUCUGGAAAGCCCUGGGCCCUGCAUGGUGCAGGUUGAAAGUCAGCUGUUCAAGGUCGACCACCCAGUGCAUGCGAUUCUGGUCGCAUUCUCCCUGCACUGGGUGGUUGACAUGUGCUACCAACCUGCCGCCAGGGGCCACUAUACCCUUGUUGAUCACCUGCUGGGGCUGACGGCCACGAAGCCAGCAGGAAUGGUACUGACGACACUGUCGGCAAUGAAAGAGGCAUUAAAAAAGAAAUAA